AUGCGAAUCAAGUCCUCCUCGACGACGGUAACGUCUUCCCUAGAGGGGCGCCGCCGCCGCCUCGUGUCCACGCCUGCAUCACCGUCGAGCCCGUGCGCCGGCAGCACAAUGUCACUCACGCCCACUACUCCAACGCUGCGGUCAAACCCCGUGGCACCGCCGGCCACCCACCGCUAUGAAACGACGAACGUCAUGUCAACCAGCAAACCACAGCCUGCUUCCGCGAGCGGCGAGUGCAAUACACGGUCGUCUCCUAGCGCACGGUCUCGCGCCACGGUGGCCUCACGCGGCUCAACACUCGUGGGCGUGCACCCGAACAGCUCUGCGUCGCAGCUUGGCACCACCGCAAAAAGGCCCUCAAGGAGAAAGUUUCCUCCCAAGAACAAAGCAGCGGCGCCCACCUACAAGCCAGUGCCCCUCACGGCGGUCGGCGUUGGGUCGCUGAUUUCAUCCUACACCACGCUGACCUCCAGCCCCGCCCUAUCCUCUGGCAUCCCUCGCUCACCGCGCGUGCUAAUUUCGCCAGGCGUCGGUGAAAGAGCCAGGCGCAUUCGUGACCUCUGUCCCCCAUCUCUACCUCCGAGCUCCGCCGCCACGUCUGUGCCGUGCGCCCUCUACGAUUUGCAUCACGCCCUUCAGCACCGACUUGUCGAAGACUUUGGGUGGUCCAUCCACUGGUACUUGGACACAGAGACGGAGAUCAAACAGCUGGAGGUAUUCAAGGAGCUGGACGAGAAGACCAAGCACCCCUCCCACAAAACAGGCAAGCCGACCACAGCCGCAGCGGAGAGAAUGGCGAGUGAAGCAGGGACGGGCAACGGAGAGCCGAAGUCUACGGCGGCUUAUCCUCGUGUGAACCUCACGGCGGACCAGCAGGACAGCUCUGCACCAGGAGGCUCACUGAAGGGCAACACCUCUUCUCUCACGAGCCCACACCACAGCGACCCCAACACCCCUCAGCGUUACCAUCGCCUUGACGUCGAUGGGCGAGAGCUCCCCUUCUUGGCACAGAAGUCGAACUUCGGCGUCAUUACCAACCGCUUUGACUGCCACAUGUGUCAUGAUCUGUCCGUGGAGGCUCGCUCUGCUGCAUCGCAGGUGCCCCGCUCGAGACUAAGUCGGACCCCCUUCGAGUACCGUCUAGCGUCGCUCCAGCGGUGGUUGCGCAAGCGCAGUGUUGAAUCCGACAAAGAUGGGCUUCUUGCCUCCUGUCUGUCUCUGGAAACGCAGCGCUACCUGGCCUACCUCGGCUUGGCAGACUGCUGGACAUCCCUCUUUGUCACCGCAGGACUCCCGAUGGUCACAUCAAUGGCGGCCAGCAGUCCCUCGUCGCCACGCGAGGCGACGCAGCGCUUUCCAACGACCCUCUCUGGAGCGGCAUCGCGCCACGGCAGCGUACCGCUCAGCUUUUACGCGUUGCCGGCGCUGUGUCGCUGGAAGUGUGUGACGCCGUUCCGGCGCGACAGGAUCCUGCGUGAGAGUGUGAUGCACCCCUUUCCGCUACCGGAGGUCUUCCUGCGGGACUGUAGAGGCGCGUCUCUGGCGCAGCUGCAGAGCAGUGCUGAGACGAGUGAGGCGCAGGCAGCGCCGGCAGACGUGUCACACUCACUGCCGUCGCUGACCUUCUUCACCAUACAGCAGAGGUCAUUCCUGUCAGAGCGACGGCGCACGUCUAUGUGGCGCAACCAAGCGGCUUCUCUCGGUGAAAUUUGCGCGUGUGAUGUGUACCUUGUGGCAGCAACAGGAAGGGGCGCCGGAGCCGGUGCAGCGGCCGCAGACACUAUGGCGUCGGUGUGGGGCUAUGUAAAGAGGGAAGACCUCGACAGCCGUACCGUUUCUCUGCCCUCCUCUCCCUCGUCUGCGGCACAACAGUGCAAAGGCGGUCGAAAAGGCAGUUCGACGACAACCACCUCCGCCAAGUCGCCUUCCGGGGAGCUCUUCUACAUCGCCAGCAGUCUUGAGAACUAUCUUCGACUGGGCUUGGUGUUCGGGUGGGUGUAUGGGUGGCAGCUGUGCUUCUCGUCAGCCGGACCACCGCCCAACUCGGUGUUGUGGCUUUGCUUGGUGAACAGGUCCGCCUACGAGGCAGCACUGGCGACAAGCAAACACACGCCACCGUAG